CUCUUGAGUUAAGGAUCGCUCUCGAUCACGGGUUCUGCAACUCACCCUUGUCGUUUCGCAUAUCUCGAGCUAACGAUGCCAGCUAUCGAUGUAAACGGUCUCCCUGCGUCAGAAGUGCGACCUUUUAAUGUUCUUAUAACUGGCUUUGGUCCGUUCUCUCGCUAUUCGGUCAAUCCAUCAUGGCUGGCUGUGAAGCCACUUCACAAUACCAUUUUGACCAUCGACCCGCUUGAUGAACCUGUUACAGUCGACGAUCAAACCUCCUUGUCUGAAGCACACAGCUUUACCCAGGACUCACGCGACAUUCAUCUAUCGACCCUUCAAGUCCCCGUAACCUAUGAAGAUGUUCUUGCAAUUGUCCCCGGGCUACACGCGAGGCCGCCUGUCCUCCCUCCUUCUGCAGAUCCUGACCUGCCGGACAUCAUGCCGCCAACAGAUGGAUUCGAUCUCAUCUUUCACGUUGGCGUUGCUGGGAGAGGACCACUGCGAAUGGAGAGGGUUGGUCAUAAAUUUGGUUACAACAUGAAGGAUGCCACUGGUAGUCAUGCGCCAAUCGUACGCGUGACGCGUGAAGAAAACUCUAAUUCCAAUCGUGGACAAUCAGAACCUUCGGAGAUGGAGAGGAUGGAAAGAGCACGUUUAAGUGAAUACCUCAUUGAAGCACCUGUAGAUGGCACAGAACCACCUAAGCGUGGAUUUGGAAAGGGAUACGAGUUGUUCCCCGAAGAGAUUUUCACAGAAAUUGAUGUUGAAAAGCUUGUGCAUCACCUCAAAAAAUCGGGCAUCGAGCAAAUAUAUUCGUCCCUGGACGCAGGACACUACCUUUGCGACUUCAUCUAUUAUUGUUCACUAGCCGAGAGCAAACGGACAGGUGGAAAGGCCGAUAAGUCGACCACUAAAGUCAUUUUCCUGCAUUGUCCACCUGUUGAUCAGCCGCUGAGCACAGAAGAGGUAACGGAAGCCAUUAAGAAGUCUGUGAUCUGGUGUUGUGGGGCUGCAGCAAAGUCCGCGAUUCCAUCUACUUAAUUACCAUACCGUGACGGAAGUAGGGGCUGAGGGGCUCGGCAUAGUUGAUGUUGACAUGGGACUUUGGAGUACUAAAGAGCAAAUACCGAGGAUAUAUACAUGAUUUCUGUAGUACUUAGGAAAUGAUCUGGGGUGCGGGGGCAAUCAGUAUUUUGAAAUGUUGACUACAUGGAGAUCUCCUUAAUCUCCGUUUGUUUGUGGAGCACCA